CCCAGCUUUCAUCCGAGGGUUGUUCCAGCUGUCAUCUCGGUGUUGCCAGGGGUCCACGCUACAUGACUGUGUCAGAGGUAAGAAAGAGUAUGAACAGCGGGGCUGUUAUACCGCUCGAAUCAAUGACAUCCUACCAAGAUCAACUGAUGACACAAUAAGCGACAUGCAUUUGCAGUCUUCGUGCUACGCUCAUCUGUAGCUUUGUCACACGGUCAUUACGGUUUAAGUCAGUUGUGGUUUCUGGCAUGUGCAACAUGUGCGGCCGUACGGGGCGGCUUAUUUACAUUUUCUAUUGUGUAAUAGCGUGACAUGACAAUCAUUGAUGUCUAUAUGGCAAAUUUCCAUCCCCAUGAUAGUUGUCUCGUGAUGUCACACACCUCUGGACACACCCAAACAAACAAUUCCCUUUUCAGCUCAACUGUCAUAUACUGCCUGCAGUUCCAUUAUUGGAGUCGGGAGGGCGCUUUGCGUUCUCUCUCUCUCUCUCUCUCUCUCUCCCCUCCUUUCUCUGUUUUCAGCACCUGUCUCCAAUCAGCUUUAUCACCACCGGUAUAUAAACCCGCCUGUUCCAGGACAUCCUCGCCGAAGUAUUGCAGUUACUUUCGUGUUUUCCCCGUGUUUCUGAUCCACGUUAUUUCUCCCGCCAAGCCAGCCGCCUGUCCUCACCACCGCCAUUACCUUUCAUCAAUAAACUAUUCAUUCUUUCACAUCUGCCUCCGACUGCUCUUGGAUCCAGCCACUCUCUAUUCGUGUCAUAAACAUUCCCCCUUGUAUGGAGAGAACCAUAUUAACUGGGCCCCAAAUCCUAACGUGGACAAUGUUACUCAAUUUUCACCGCCGUCUUCGACUUUGCCAGCCACCUUCCUCUCAUUUGCUUAUUCGGAAGGUACAUCCAUUGGGAAUUGUAAGAAAUAAAGUUUCUCACGCUGUGUUUGGCAACUAAAUUUGAGUGUUUCUGUGAAUUAGGAGCUUAGCCUGUCACUUAGCUUUAGCGACAUUAGCACAAUAGUGAAACGAGCCUUAGCGCAACAAGGAAACAAUGCGAUACGUCAAUGUUAGAUUGUUGCGUACUCUGACUUCGCUAACGUACAAAAACCUCAUUUCGGUGCGGGGUUUGAAGCGGCAAGUGUGUAUCUUCCUGUCUUGCUUUCCUCCCCCACCUGCUAAAUAGGAAGUUCAAAUGUCACCUAUUACUAUUUAACAAGAAGUGAUCUGUUGGAGAUGACCAAUUUGUCACUUUGCGUGCACGUGUAUUGAUUUAUUAUUGAUGAGAAUAUUAAACCCAAUACUGACGUUUGCAUUAUUGAUUUGACCUGAUCAUGCAGCACAUUGACUUCGGCACGCACACAGAGUGCUGGCCCUAGCUUUAGGGCCUGAAGCAGAAUUUGGUCUAUGACUCCCACCACAGCGAGCAAACGACAGUGUUUAUCUCGAAAAACAUAGUUGUAAGCAUGCACACACACACACACACGCACGCACAUCUCCGUUGGUCUCCUGCAGAUGUCGUGGCGCUCGUCCUUCCACUGCUCCAAGUUCCGACACAUCUUCGGGAAAGCAUCCAGCAGGGAGCACGGCUUCGACGGCGUUCCCAUCACACGUGGCGUCCAUGACAACCAGUACUGCUCUGUCAAUCCUUGUUUCAUCGCCAUGGUGACAGAGUGCGCCGGGGGCGGGUCCUUCCUGGUGCUGCCCAUCCAUCAUACAGGCAGAGUGGACCCUCAGCAUCCGAGGGUGUGCGGUCACAGGGCUCAGGUUGUUGACAUCAAGUGGAACCCGUUCGAUGACAGCUGUAUCGCCUCGUGUUCUGAGGACUGCACGGUGUUUGCAGAUCACUUUCUGUCUUCCAUUCUGGUUCUACUGGCGCUCAUGGCUGAACGUGUGACUGUACAGGUAAAGAUCUGGGACAUUCCGAGCUGUGGUGUCGAACGAAACCUCACCCAGGCCAGGAAGACUCUGAUUGGUCACUCCAGGAGGGUAGGGCUGAUCGAGUGGCAUCCGACCGCUGAGAACCUCCUACUAAGCUCGGCCUACGACUACAAGGUUAGGUCCCGAAUAAAGGCAGCGGUCUUGGAAAUCAUUCCAGAAGAAAUCUGUCUCCAGGUCCUCCUGUGGGACGUGUCGCAGGACGGGGCGGUGCUCAGGUGUCCGGUGCGUGUGGUCAUGGCGCCAGUCCACCACCGCUUCCCGUCAGAGAUGUUGCUGCUGUCCGUCAGCUUCAACCUGGAAGGAAACCGGCUGGCAGUUGCGUCCAAAGACAGGCGCGUUCGAGUGCUGGACCCCCGCACAGGAAGGAUUCUCCAGGUGUCCUGCAACAAAUAUCACAGGGCCAACAAGGUUGUGUACAUCAGAGGUUUGAAGAUGCUGCUGAGCACCGGUUGCUCGCCCUGGAACCACAGACAGAUCGUCCUCUGGGACCCGGAUGACUUGUCGGAGCCUCUGUACGAAGAAGAUCUGGACGGUUCUGCAGGAGUUCUCUUCCCGUUCUUUGAUCCAGACACUGACAUGCUUUACCUGGCUGGGAAGGGUGAUGGGAACAUCAGGUACUACGAGCUGAGUUCGGAGAAACCUUACAUCAGCUUCCUGACAGAGUUUAGGUCCCCGCUGCCUCACAAAGGACUCGCGGUGAUGCCAAAGCGUGGCCUGGACGUCAACAUCUGCGAGAUAUUCCGAUUCUAUCGCCUGAUCGCUGUCAAAGGCCUGGUGGAGCCGCUGUCAAUGAUUGUACCGCGCAAGAAGGUUGAUCUAACUCACGAGCUCAGUUGCAAAUGUAGAAAGCAUCAAAUGUUUUGUCUGCUCCGUCAGUCGGCGACAUUCCACGAGGAUCUGUAUCCAAUGACAGCGGGAAACCGGGCCGCCAUGACGGCUCAAGAGUGGCUGACGGGAAUCAACAGGGCAGGCCCAGUCUUGAUGUCUCUACAUCCUGGCAUUCGAGCGGUCAACCCUUACCCAGAAAGCCUCGCUGGGAGGAGCUGGUACACCAAGAGGCCGACCACAGAAGCACUGCCCCGCUCGACCCCGGGACUCAUGGAGAAGAACUUCCUACAGGAACAGCUGGCCUACCAGGAUGCCAAAUAUCACAGAGACACAGACAUGCUGUCGGGCUGGCAGUCAGAUGAGUCACAGCUGUGGACGUACGACAUCACGCCCCACUGCUGCGAGCCUGCGGAGAGGCCGCCGCCCACCACACAGGAUGAGCUCCGUGAAGCAUUCUACAAACAGCAAGAAGAGAUCCGAGGUCUCCGUGAAAUACUCGACCAAAAAGACGUCAGUACACGCGGUCCCUGGCGUCCAUCUUGGUGACAUCGUAACGACCGCACGGCUUAGCUGCCCACUAAUGUGUCUCUUCUUGCCACCUGACAGGUGAGGAUCGCCGAGCUAGAACAGGAAGUCAGACAAACCAACAACAACCCGAGCGCGACGCGGUGACA